UGACAUAUUGUUGCUAAUCACUAUUUAUUUCACAUCUGAUUUGGUGCUUUGCUUUAUAAACAAUUCCUCAAAUCAAUAUUUACUGUGUGUGUGUGUUUUUUUUUUAAUUAUUCACUAAAGAAAAGUGUCCAAACAGUUUAAAGAAAAUGAGCUCAGGUGCAGUGCGUGCGCCUGUUUCGCAACUCAUCCACAGCAAGGAGGAUGAAGUUGAAAGUGAAGAGCCAAAAAAGAAAUCCCGUGAAGACUGGCGUAAAGCCAAAGAGUUGGAAGAGGCAAGAAAAGCAGGUACAGCACCAGCAGCUGUUGAUGAAGAGGGUCGCGAUAUCAAUCCACAUAUACCACAAUACAUUUCGAAUGCACCUUGGUACUAUAAUGCACAAGGUCCAACUUUAAAACAUCAACGCCCCCAACGUGAAGAUGAGCAAGGACAACUAGAGAAGCGAGCACCAAAAGGCUUAGAUAUCACAAAAUUGGUAACAAAGUAUCGGAAAGGUGCCUGUGAAAAUUGCGGUGCAAUGACGCAUAAGAAAAAAGAUUGUUUAGAGCGGCCAAGAAAAAUAUUGGCGAAAUAUGCAGAGUCAAUUGUUGUGCAUGAUGAGCAUGUCGUGCAGGAAACGGCUGUAAAUUACGAUGAAAAACGUGAUCGAUGGAGCUCAUACGAUCCCGCAAACCAUAAGGAAAUUAUUGAGGAAUAUGAAAAAGUGGAAGAAGCCAAACGACAAUUAAAAGCUGAAAAGUUGAAGAAAAAUCCUGAUGCUGAAUUCUCUGACGAUAAUGAUAAUGAGGACAAAUAUGUGGAUGAAGUUGACAUGCCUGGCACCAAGGUCGAUUCUAAACAGCGUAUCACCGUACGUAAUCUCCGUAUACGUGAAGACACUGCAAAAUAUCUGCGUAAUUUGGAUCCAAACUCGGCUUACUAUGAUCCCAAAACGCGUUCUAUGCGCGAUAAUCCUAACCCACAUAUGGCGCCAGAAGAGGUUGAGUUUGCUGGUGAGAAUUUCGUGCGUUUUUCAGGCGAUACUACCAAACAUGCUACCGCCCAACUUUUUGCUUGGGAGGCGCAUGGCAAGGGCGUAGAUGUGCAUUUACUUGCUGAGCCCACAAAGCUAGAGCUUUUGCAAAAGGAAUAUGACAAGAAGAAGGAGCAAUUCAAGUCUAGCACUAAAGAACAUAUUGUCGAAAAAUAUGGUGGCGAAGAACACUUAAAAGCGCCGCCGAAGACUUUGCUUUUAGCGCAAUCGGAAGAGUAUAUUGAAUAUUCACGAAGUGGCAAAGUAAUUAAAGGCAUGGAAAAACCAAAAGCUCGUAGUAUAUACGAAGAGGAUGUAAUGAUCAACAAUCAUACAACAGUGUGGGGUAGCUACUGGAAUGGUGGUCGUUGGGGCUAUAAAUGCUGCAAGUCAUUUAUUAAGAACUCAUAUUGCAUUGGCAUGAAAGAUCCAGAAGCUGCUACAGAACUUUUGCAACCUUCCACUAGCUCUAAUAUACCUGAAAGUGAAGCAGUGACAGCAGAUCCAAUAUCUGAGCAACCAAACGAAUCGUCGUCGUCCUCGUCUUCUUCUUCUUCCUCAUCCGAGUCCUCCUCGUCUUCCUCAUCUUCAUCAUCAUCGUCAUCUUCAUCAUCAUCCUCAUCCUCUACGGAGGAGGAGAAAGAGGAUGUUAAAAAGGCAGAAAAAAAGAAGACAAAGAUAAGAACUAAAAAGCUUAAAAAAAUGCGAAAGGCGAAAUUACAAAAACGGAAAGAGAAAAAAGAAAAGGCAAAAGAAAAGAAACUUCUUGCCAAAGAGAAAGCACAGUUGGAAGCUGCUCUUCAAGACAUACGCGCCAAGUCAGAUGACGAAGAAGAGCAUAAGGAUGAGCGUAAGCGCGGUUAUAAUAGCAAAUACGAUGUUAAGGCACCCACAGAAGAUGAAAUUGAUGAAUGGCAACGUAAGCGCCAACGUACAGAAGAUCCAAUGUUGCAAUUUAUGUCCAAAUAAAGUCAAUAGUUUAUAUAAAAUUGUAUCCUAAAUAUAAUAAAACAAAAAAUAUUAAAACAAA